AUGGUUCUCGCCGGCAGGAAAUUGUAUUAUACGAUCAACUUCGUGGCCGGUCUUGCGAUCUUCUUUUUUGGCUAUGACCAGGGAAUGAUGGGAGGUGUCAACACGUCGCCGGACUAUGUCCGAGUCAUGAAAUUGGGGUACUCCACCUACGAAGGCCCCUCAGAAGGGUUUGUCGCGACAAUUACCGAGCCCACGCGGCAGGGCGGAAUCGUCAGCAUCUACUACUUGGGCACCCUCAUCGGCUGUCUGAUGGGUGGCGUUCUCGGUGACCGGAUCGGACGCAUUAAGACUAUGAUUUUGGGAGGCUUUUGGGUACUCUUCGGCGCUGCGCUCCAGUGUUCCGCACAGAACAUCGCUUGGAUGUGCUGCGCUCGCAUCAUCAACGGCAUUGGCACCGGUUACCUGAACGCAAUCGUGCCAGUAUGGAGCGCCGAAGUUGCCACGCACACUUCGCGCGGGGCGUUCAUCGCGAGCGAGUUCACGCUCAACAUCUUCGGUGUCGUCGUCGCGUACUGGCUGGAGUUCGGUCUCGGCUUUGUUGGCGACGGCAGCUCCCAAGUGCGCUGGAGGUUCCCGAUCGCUUUCCAGAUCAUCCCAGUCCUUGCAUUCAUGGCGUGUGUCCCAUUCAUGCCCGAAUCCCCGCGGUGGCUGAUUAAGAUGGGCCGCAUUGAGGAGGCGCGCGAGAUCCUGGGUCGGUUGCGGUCCGAGGAUGGGAACAUCGAGGCUCCACAGGCGCUGCGCGAGUACGAGGACAUCGUGGCCACGGUCGCGCUCGAAAAGGAGCACGCGAAGCGCAACACGUACUUCUCGAUGUUCUUCGGGCGUCACGACGGCGGCCUGCACAUCGCGCGCCGCGUGCAGCUCUCGAUCUGGCUGCAAAUCAUCCAGGAAUGGGUCGGCAUCGCCGCGAUCACGGUCUACGCCCCGACGAUCUUCGCCGAGGCCGGCUACGGCGCGCGCAAGUCGCAGUGGCUCUCCGGCCUGAACGACAUCACGUACAUGCUCUCCACGCUCCUCGCCGUCGUCACGAUCGACCGCUUCGGGCGGCGGAUCGGGCUCUGGUGGGGCGCGGUCGGGCAGGGCGUGUCGCUGAUCCUCGCUGGGGCGUUCGCGCGCCUGCUCAAGGACCACCCGGAGCGCGCGGCGGAGUACGGCGGCGCGGCGGCGGCGUUCGUGUUCAUCUACACCUUCGUGUUCGGCGCGACGUGGCUCACGAUCCCGUGGGUGUACCCGACCGAGACGUUCCCGCUCGAGGUGCGCGCGAAGGGCAACGCGUUCGGGGUCGUCGGAUGGUCCAUCGGCAACGGGUGGCUGACGCUCCUCAACCCGGUCAUGUUCAACCGGAUCGGGGAGAACACGCUGCACAUCUUCGGCGCCGUCAACUUCCUGUCCAUCCCGUUCGUCUGGGCGUUCUACCCCGAGACCGCGAACCGGACACUGGAGGAGAUGGACUACCUGUUCAUGAGCGACAGCCCGUUCGUGUGGGACGAGGAGGAGAGCUUCCGGCAGAAGACGGCGGAGAUCGAGCGCAGCCGCGCCGGGGGCAUGCAGCCGCUCCCCGACCCGGAUGUGAAGGAGGCGACCCCGUCGACGGAGGAGGCGGCGUGA